CCGUCUGUCUGGCACGAGCUGCUCCCGCCGUCUUCCCGCCCUUCCCGCCGGGCUCCGAGGGGACGCGCAGGGAGCCGCCAUGAAGAUCUGGAGCUCGGAGCACGUGUUCGGACAUCCCUGGGAUACAGUGAUCAAAGCUGCUAUGAGAAAGUACCCCAACCCGAUGAAUCCAUCUGUGGUAGGAGUAGAUGUCCUGGACAGAAGCCUCGAUAACCAGGGGAGGUUGCACAGUCACCGUCUUCUCAGCACAGAGUGGGGAUUGCCGAGCAUUGUAAAAGCUAUUUUAGGAACAAGUAGAACUCUGACUUACAUUGAGGAACAUUCUGUGGUAGAUCCAGUGGAAAAAAAGAUGGAGCUUUGCUCAACUAAUAUUACUCUCACAAACUUGGUGUCUGUUGAUGAGAGACUGGUUUACACUCCUCAUCCCGAAAACCCUGAGAAAACUGUGCUAACUCAAGAGGCAAUCAUUACUGUUAAAGGCAUUAGCUUGAGCAGUUAUCUGGAAAGCUUAAUGGCAAACACGAUAUCUUCUAAUGCCAGAAAGGGUCGGGAUGCCCUGGAGUGGGUGAUCAGCAGACUGAACACGGAAUUGGAGGAGCUGAAGUCAACGCGCGAGGGCAUCAAGCCAGCCAUGGCAGCAGCCUCAACGGAAAAAUAAAACCAAAUAUUUGGUUUCACCAAGUAAAACCACGUAACUGACAGAAAAGUCUUAUCCUGCAGACUGCUCCCUUCCAAGGCUGAUCUGAAGAGGUUUUGUAUAUUUAUAAGAAUAUUGGAUCAGCGGAAAAGUAACCUCAUCUAUCAUCUCCACGGCAGCUCUUGUUGCCUACUGAAGAUUAAAUUGACCUCCUGCAGAUGCUCUUUUCCUUUAAACAAUUUAUUUUUAACACUGGAAACAAAACAUCGAGCACAUUUAAGACGGCCUAAAUGUGCCUUUUUAAACAAGGAUAGAGAGUAUGUUAUAUUUGCACGAUCUCAGUUUGUCUUACUCGAACUUGAAAAGAAUGCAUGUGUGGUAUUAAGGGUUUUCCAUGUGAAUUUUUGUUCUGUGAAGGGCUGAUAGGUCCUAGAGCACUGAAGUUUGUCUGCUUUGUAAUGUGAUAGUGUCUUAUGAUCAGUUAAAGGGAACUACAUGAGUCAGAACAUGAUACUGUAGCAUUAGAUACUUAUCUAGAGGAUCAUCCCGAAAGGCUACAACUUGUGUGGAACUAACUCUUAUGUUGUUUAAAUAUGGUGCCUGAUCGUGGCACCAGAUACUUUAUCUCUUAUGUUUGUAUCCAAACAAAGAUAAAGUUUCUCUUGAUGUUAAUAACCAAAAAUAGGGUUUUUUGGUAGGGAAAAAGGAAUAAUUUAUUUUCUUAUUUAUUAAUUUGUCUUAGUUCCUCCCCUCCCUAUGAGGACAUGAGUAGUAAGUCCUGGAAGGUGCUGGAAAAUACUUUUUUAUCUCUAAGAAGAGUACUUGUAGGCAACUUGAAUGAAGACCAUGCAGUUCCACUGGUCCUUGCUCUAUACAUCAUGUCUUAACUGAGGGAGAAAUUGAUGCAAUAACCAGAAGAGUUGAAAUGAGAAAUGAGCGAGAAAUUUGAAAUCCAAAUGGUCAUAAACAGGAACUUUUCAUUCCCCAAAUGGAAAAAACAAGUACAAGAAAACCACAUGAACUCUCCUUUUUGAGUGCUUUGUGUUAACCAGCAGUGUAACUGAAUUUUUUCAACACUUUUCCACAUUGGUACAAAAUGGUUUUAAAAUCCUUUUAAAUGCUUCUCAUUAUCUGGAAAAAUACUCCAGUAACUGCAGAAACUGUUUCCUAUAAAACAUGCAUAAAUAUAUAUUGGUAAUGGUCCUAACCUUGCCUGAUGUUUACAGAAUUGUCAUGUUUGAUCCAGAUGUAGUAUUUAUUUCUUAGGAAACCCUCUUCGGGCAUUUUAACUUAUUUUUUGGUAUGCACAGGAAGUGAAAUGAAUGUUGUAAGGAUGUUUACUCAUUCAAGUGGUGAGCAUGUGCUUAGAAAGCUGUUCAAGAGCACGAGUAUCUUCUAAAACACUAGAAGAGUAAAAUGUUGGUCACUGUUUUGAUCUGCUAACUUUAAAGUGUCUGUAGCUUAAGGGAAUUUUCAGCAUUCAUAUUCUGGUUUGUUUGAACUUUAAUUUGGGUGUAACUAAAUUACAUGAUCCUAAUGAAUAAACCUACUUUAAAAGAUGUGUAUAUUUGUUGAAAGCAAUUAAAUGAGUAGCUGAUAUUUACAUUGCUCUUUUCAAGUGGACCUAAAGCCCCUCUUAUUUUGGAAUGGAAACUUGGAGCUUAGAGGCUGAUAGCAGCCUCUUUCCAGAAGAUAACACUGGAUAGCUUUGGUGCCAGUCAGUUGUUGUCCCCCUUCUCAGAGGAGUGAUGCCACUUCCUGGAUAAGGAACACAGCAGAUGUUCUAGCUCCUGGUGGCCUCCUGCUAGGAAGGGGAGUGCAGCCAUGGCAGAGCUCUGC